UAACCUUGUGGAUCAAACUAAACUUUAAAAUCUGAAAAAAUCUGUGUUUUUACUAACUAUGCAGACUAAACUAGACUUUCAUAAUAGUUCCUCACUGAUUCCCCACAGGUCUAGAGAUUUCUACCACACGUGCUACUGUCUGAGCGGACUCUCAGUAGCACAGCAUUUUGGAAACAAAGACCUCCACAACGAGCUGAUCCUCGGUCGGGACGAGAACAGACUGGCACCAACUCAUCCAGUUUACAACAUCUGCCCAGAGAAGGUCGCCCAAGCGAUUGAACAUUUCCACCAGUUACCUGUUCCAGUUCAGACGGGACCUACACCAAGUGCAAUGGACCAGUCAUAGACUUUUCCUUUUUCUAUUAGAAACAUAUUUGGGGGUUUGAGCUAGCUUGACCUAAGGCAGAGGCAUCUUCUGUAAAUGCUGUAGCCAAACGUCCUUUGCUGGUCUGUACAGCAUCUACAGAUGGGGAAACACUCUGAGGGCCUGAUCUACUACAGCUUCAGCAUGGAAUUAUGGGUUUUAGCCAGGGAAAACAGUAGAGACUGACUAGGCGAGGUGUUUUUCAUGCACCAGUCGUUGAUUGAUAUUUUAUUGCACAUACCAUCUUAUUUUGGGCUUUGGUAAAUGUUUCCCAGAGUGCACGUGGCAGUAGGUUCUGGACAGAAAUAAAGACUUGGAUGGAAGUUUGUUUUUAAUAUAUCCUGGCUGGUGUAUUGUGGAUGAUCUAUACUCACUGUGGGCAGUCCAUUAUUUGACUGUAACUUGUCAUCUCUAAUUUGGAGUGCUGUUUGAC